AUGCGCACCAUUUGGGAACUCAAUGCCAUCUCUUGUGCAGUGCGCCUUGCUGUCAAGCAGGCAAACUGCCAACAUAUUACGGUCUUUACUGACUCUAUGGGCUCGGCCCAUAGAGUGGUCGACCCUUCCAUGCAUUCUGGUCAGGCUUUUAGCUUGUCAGUUUGUCGCGCUCUCCAAGAGUGGUUCAAAGCGGAUGACCUCCGCCACAUCACCUUCGUCUACGUUCCGUCCGCUCUGUGGUGGGAUAUCCAUGGUGAGGCACACAAGUACGUCACCGAGCUUAAAGUCAGGGUUGGACAUCGGAAGACGGACAAUUCUAUAGACGUGCUUUGCUCUCGAGCUGCGCACUCAGUCCUGGAUUCGUGGAGCUCCACUUUCCAGGAUCCAACUUACUGGGGCUCUGAAUUUUUAGAGCUUCAACAGCCUGAUGGGCGGCCAUUACAGCCAUUGUACCUCAAUGGGGGACCUUGGCUUUCAACCUUUAGACACAGUAUCACUGAGUUCACUCGCGUUUGCCAGUGCAUAACUGGCCACAUGCCCAUUGGAGCGUACUACCAUUGCUUCAAGAUUAAUGAGCCUCAUGGCUGCACUUGCGGGGCUGCUUUGCAGUCUCACCAGCACAUCCUCUUUUGCUGUCGCGAUCGAUAUUCUGUACACUAUCCCUGUUUCCUCGGGGAUAUUGCAUCAUAUAUGAAGUACAACCCUACGGCGUUUGGCUUCAACCGGGACCCUUUGGGUGUCGGAUAA